UAAACGAGAACGUUACUUGCAGACUACUUGUACUUCCAGCAAGAUUCCCCGACUGGCCGAAGUCAAGAGUUAUGUGCUCUUUGUUAUGGUCCUGGUACCUGGGCACGCAACGGUAGCAGACGUGCAUUCGUGGUUUGGGGACUUUGCAAUUCUCGUGCAUGGUAAAUUAUUUUCCUUGGUUCCUGUGGCGAAAGUGCCACAACUGUCAUUUUCAGUUCAGAAAGUGCCAUUUCAUUAUGACUGAUUGUUUCCCUUUGAGUGAGCACUCAUUUCAUUUUUGUAAAAGCCAAUCCUUGAUCUUGUUGACCCAUCGAUUAUCAAAGAUUGGAGGUGUAGAGAGACAACAUGGUUCAACACUAUGUGUCCCCCGUCUACGUCUACAAGUACCCCUUCGAGAUGGUCAUGGCGGCAUACAUUCGCCGAUUCCCUCGCACUGAGCACAUCCCGAUCUUGGCCGAUACUGAAAUAGUAGAAGAAGAAACAAGUGAGGACGGCAUGGAGAUACGAACAAAACGUCGUUGCAAGCUGGUAGUGGAGGCACCAUAUCUCAUCAAGCGGAUUGCUGGAGUUGAUUUUUGCUACUUUUUCCAGGAGAAUGUGCUGAAUUGGAAAGAUCGUACUCUUCAUAUCUGUGCAUACAAUGAGACAUUUUCUUCCCGGGUGCAAGUGAAAGAGACCUGCCUCUAUACGGUUCAUAGUGAGAAUGAGAAUUGGACGUGUUAUGACCAGGAAGCUACGAUCGAGUUCAUUAACUUUUUUGGAUUUGAAAACCAGUGUGAAAAGCUUGGCCUGGAAAAAUACACACAACAAAUCCGCAGUGGCAAAGGUGUCAUGGACAAGUUCAUCCAAGAUCUCUUAGCCAGUGGUGAUCCAAUUCCUAAUCCCUAUGCUGACUACCAACUGAUGCUUGAGCAGCAACAGCAGCAGCAUUUAUUGAUUACUAAUAGUGGUGUUUGUAGAGCUGGUGACACACACUUGUCUAAAUCAGCUACAGCAACUGCGCAACGAGAUGAAACCAUACCAAUCUAUAGUGAUCUGGCGCAGAAUAAUCUUGUUGCUGCAGAUAAGUCUAGUCCCGGCACGAUGAGUGCAGUUAGUACUUGUGACAGUGCAGCAUACACAACAGUUAGUGCUGCCACUCCUGUAUCUACUACCUCUGCCGCUAACCCUCCACCUGUAUGCAGUGCUGCACUACCAGACACUAGCUGUGUUAGUGUUUCAAGUGAUGUAACUGCCACCAGGCCUUCUGCUUCUGCUGCUGCUGCUGCUGGUGCUACUGGUGCUGCCAGUGCUGAUGGUGUAACCCAAGUCAAGGGCAGAAUAUGUCAUCGCAGCAGCAAAAGCUUAGAUACGUUUAAGCUGAAUGCUGAAUACAUUCAGCGAUUUCUUGGAGAGUUGACUCCCAUUCAAGAAAGCAACUUGAUCCAGCUUCGCAGUUUGAUCUCAGCAUCAAGAUUUGCAGAUAAGAUGCCGAAUGAUGCUGUGCUUCUGCGAUUCUUGAGAGCAAGGGAGUUCAACAUUGAAAAAGCUCGUGACAUGAUAUGUCAUCAUCUUGGUUGGAGAAAGCAGUACCAGGUUGAUCAGAUUAUCCAGUCUUGGGUACAGCCAGAGGUAUUGCGCUUGUACUACCCAGGCGGAUGGCAUUAUUCUGACAAGGAUGGUCAUCCAGUGUUCAUGCUGCGACUCGGCCAGGUUGACGUGCAGGGUUUAUUUGAAUCAGUUGGUGAAGCUGCUAUCACUAAGCAACUCCUUGUCUUUGAAGAGGAAGGUCUGAAGCACUGUGAGGCUGCAACAAAGAUGUGUGAUAAAGCCAUUGGCACGGUGACGUUGGUGUGUGAUUUGGAAGGACUAAGUAUGCGUCACUUCUGGAGACCAGGAAUCAACUGCUUUGAUCGUCUAUUGCAGCUCUUUCAAAAUAACUACCCAGAAACAAUGGGAAAGCUGUUGUUCGUCAGAGCACCCAGAAUAUUCCCCUUGCUCUGGGCUCUCGUCUUUCCAUUCAUUGAUGAGCGGACUAGGGAGAAGGUGUUUGUUUCUGCGGGAAAUGACUAUUUGGAUCCUGAGGAAGGAUUGAGUAACUUUCUGCCUCAGGAAUACAUCCCUGAUUUUUUGGGUGGCUCAUGUCGAUGCUCGUUCAGUGAAGGUGGCAUGGUACCCAAGAAGUUAUUCGCUGAUAGUCCCUUCAGUUUGGAUUCACAGCAGAAAUCUUGUGCGUUGGAAACCCUGUACACGACAGUGGAUAUUGGCUUUUCUAGGUCCCAUGAGGUGUUGGUGGAAGCUGCAUCUCAAAGUGUCAUCAUGUGGGACUUUGAUGUAGUUCGUGGCUCAGUGACCUUUUCCAUCCUGCACCUUUCUGACAAGCCGGUCAGCCAAACAACAACAACAACAACAACAGACCUGCACCAGAAGUCCUCUCAACAAGACUGUACAACCGAUGCAUCAUUCUCGUCGUAUAGUACAGAAGAUAAUAACCAGGAGAGUAUAGCACCGAGCAUGGCUACUCGUAGUCGGGGUAACAGCUCAGACAGCUGUAGCAGUAUAAUUGGCGUACAUCGUGCAGGCCGUGUAUUGCCAUUCAGCCUCACGCCGGAUAAACGUGAAGCUGAGCUGAGUACAGCCAAGGUUGUACUAGCUGCCCAGUCCUAUGCAGCCACGGAGAAUGUACAGAAUACGCUGGCUAUUUCUAGCCACUGUGGACGUUAUUUGCUACGAUGGGAAAUGUCAGACAAUUCGUCUUGUCCAUCCUCACCAGCAAUCAUGCCGGACAUACCUGCAGAGACCUCUGCUGCAGCUAAUGUCGUGGCAGCAGCUGCUGCAGCACCUGCUAGUGUGUUCAGGUUCUCGGCUCACCAGAACAAGAAGUCAACGUUGAUGUACUAUUGUGAGGUGAUACCCUCCGCUAAUGUCAAGAAAGCAAGUGAUUCACUCAAUGCGUCGUCGUCCACUGCUACUUCCACCACCUCUGCCAGCAUGGUCUCUACCUCUACCGCUGCCAGGGGAAAAACCAUCAACAGCAGUGCUCCUCACACUGGCACUAGUCACAUCUACUAGUGGUGGGCAUCCAUGAGCAGUUCAGGUAUGCUGCUGCAGCAAGCUCCCUACUGACAGUGGUGAGUGAUGACAACAAGUUCAGGAAUCAUGGAUUAUUGAUCCAGCACACUCCAGCAUCCGCACCAGACUGCUAUAAUUAUAUUACUGGUGAUGGCACAUUGUUCUGAUGCUUACAGCUCGAUCCGUGUAAUAUGGUGGACUGUUGGAGUUGACAUGAUAUCAUGCGAGCUGCACAUUGUGAGUGCUAUGCCGUGGUCUACAUUGCAGUGGCUUGUGAGUGCUAUGCCGUUGUCUACACCGCAGUGGCUUGUUGGUGCUAUGCCGUGGUCUACAUCGCAGUGGCUUGUGAGUGCUAUGCCGUUGUCUACAUCGCAGUGGCUUGUUGGUGCUAUGCCGUGGUCUACAUCGCAGUGGCUUGUGGGUGCUAUGCUGUUGGCUACAUUCCAGUGGCUUGUGAGUGCUAUGCCGUGGUCUACAUCGCAGUGGCUUGUGAGUGCUAUGCCGUGGUCUACAUCGCAGUGGCUUGUGAGUGCGAUGCCGUGGUCUACAUCACAGUGGCUUGUGGGUGCUAUGUCGUGGUCUACAUUGCAGUGGCUUGUUGGUGCUAUGCCGUGGUCUACAUUGCAGUGGCUUGUUGGUGCUAUGCCGUGGUCUUCAUCGCAGUGGCUUGUUGGUGCUAUGCCGUGGUCUACAUUGCAGUGGCUUGUUGGUGCUAUGCCGUGGUCUACAUCGCAGUGGCUUGUUGGUGCUAUGCCGUGGUCUACAUCGCAGCGGAUUGUGAGUGCUAUGCCGUGGUCUACAUUGCAGUGGCUUGUUGGUGCUAUGCCGUGGUCUACAUCGCAGUGGCUUGUGAGUGCUAUGCCGUGGUCUACAUCGCAGUGGCUUGUGAGUGCUAUGCCGUGGUCUACAUCGCAGUGGCUUGUGAGUGCUAUGCCGUGGUCUACAUCGCAGUGGCUUGUGAGUGCUAUGCUGUGGUCUACAUCGCAGUGGCUUGUGGGUGCUAUGCUGUUGUCUACAUCGCAGUGGCUUGCGCCGGGUAACACACCACCGUAAUACCAUGGUAACACGCCACCGUAAUACCAUGGUAACACACCACCGUAAUACCAUGGCAACACACUACCAUACCACCAUUAUUUUCUUACAGUUCUAGUAGAAGUUCUCAGAGUCAGGCACUGCUGGAUCUGCUGCUGCAUAUGACCAGAGUGCCUCACAGGACUGCAUCUAACAGCUGCACUAUGGCAGUGCUGCCUUACAUGUGUUUUGACAGUUUGAGUCAGUGUGUUGUAACAUACCCUGCUGCUAUGUAUUACACCCUGUCUGUCUGUCUGUCUGUCUGCUGCUCUUCUAACAUUGUCUUCUUUGUUGUUUUUCUAUUGCUUCACAUGUACAUGUACACGCUCAUUGCAACACCGCUGACUGUAUACACGCUCAUUGCAACACCACUGACUGUAUAUAAUGUACAAUACCAUUUUUUGUUAAUACUCUCACUCUGACGCAUAUUUUUUAUGCACUACUGUCUUAUCAUGCUACUGCUGCUUCUGCUGCUGCCGCUGCUACUGCCGGAAGGCUCGUUAUGCCAGUUCCUGCUCAUGGACAGACAUUGCCAUCACCUAGUCAUGAUUAUACAGUAUACACUCACUUUAUAGAGUUGCAAAGUCCUCUUAUUUAUUUGCCAAUGUUGUUCAAGUCAACUGGUGUUAUGGCCCACAUGGCAGCAGCUCUCUGUGUUUCUGUCCACAGCAUGGUGUGGUGUUGCCAAUCUCACCACCGCAACACUAGUUUCUGUUGUCAUUUGUUACUGGCUGUGUACUUGGAAAAGUAGAAGUACUCCGGUAGUGUUUUGGCCAUUCACCGUCUUGCGUUCUUUUGUAUUGCACCGUUUAUGGUGUUAUUUAAGCACUGGUUGCACCAAUACCCUUUGGAGUCGUCACUCUUCACUCGCAUUGUACACUUGCUCAACUUGGAUACACAUUUGCUUUAGGACUGCUGCUGCUGCUGUUUUUAUGCUGAAACUUUUGUGGUUGCUGAAUUGCUACAAAGCAGUAGCAUGGUAUUGUAUUGAUAUUCUUCAUCCGGCUGAAUGUGUGCACAUUACUGAAUGUGUGCACAUUACUGAAUGUGCUGAAUGUGUGCACAUUACUGAAUGUGCUGAAUGUGUGCACAUUACUGAAUGUGUACACAUUACUGAAUGUGUGCACAUUACUGAAUGUGUGCACAUUACUGAAUGUGUGCACAUUACUGAAUGUGUGCACAUUACUGCUUCUUGACCUAUACAGUACUUAUAUUUGUAUGACAAAUCAUUGAAAUCAACUAUUACCUCCUGUUGUGUUCUCUAUUCUGUUUCUAUCUUGAUGUGACUGAAUCGCCGGAUACUACCAAUACAAGACUACGACUCGUA